UUCUUUCUGCUAUAUACAUAUAUGUGUGUGUACGACGUACGACAUAUGAAAUUUGAGUGUCAGGAGCAUGUUCUUAUUUAUUUACUUAUAAAAAAAAAUAAAAAAUAAUAAAUAAAUGCAAUUACUGUCCUAGAAAGAACGGCAAAAACGAAAAUGAGUACAGAAAACGCCGCUAAUAAUAGUGAAAGUACUGACAAGGAGAAUAUUCCAAUACAAAAAGAUGAAAAUGGAGAAAAAAAAUCUUUAUGGGGUUAUGAUUUAUAUCCUGAGAGAAGAGGUGCAGUAUUUAAACCUUCAUAUUUAAAAGCAAUGAUUGGUAUGGAAGGUAAAGAAAAUAUACGUCGAAUGGAGUGCGAGACAAAUGUCUUCAAAGUUUUCAGGACUAGUCCAUUAGUGAAAUUAAUGGCAUCAGCCUUAAAAAGUUCAGGAUGUGAAUUUGACAUUCGAAGGCACGUUGCCUGUGAAGUUUGUGACUUCAGCGUUAGUGGUGGAUAUGAUCCUGAGCUGAAUCAGAUAGUUAUAUGUCACAAUGUUGCUCGAGGAGUAGGAAAGAUACAAGGAGUAUUGACACAUGAAAUGAUUCAUAUGUUCGAUUAUUGUCGCAAUGAUCUUGAUUUCAAAAAUAUUGAUCAUCUGGCAUGUACAGAAAUUCGUGCUGCAAAUUUAGCUCACUGCAGUUUUUUAAGUUCUUGCGCAAAUGGUACAUCGUCCUUUAUCAAUAUCAAACAAUCACAUCAGGAUUGUGUAAAAGAUAAAGCAGUUUUGUCUGUAUUAGCAGUACGUAAAGUAUCUGAAGAAGAGGCACGUGCAGCCGUUGAGCGUGUAUUUACGAAAUGUUACAAUGAUCUGGAGCCUAUUGGUAGACGAAUUAAGAGGAAUUCAGUAGAUAUGCAUAAGGCUUAUCUUGAAGCACCAAUGUAUGGUUAUGAACAUAUAAAGUAACUAUUACUGUUUAUUCAAAUGAAUUAUGUAAAUAUUUAAAUCAUGUAUAAGUUUUUAUUAUAAAUAAAUUACUUUGGAAAUUGUUA